UUUUCUCAACGUUCGGUAGGGGUUAGGAUUUAGGGUUGUGACGUCCCACGGAUACUGUUUAGCACGGACCCUGUUUUAUAAGAUUUGUCUUCCUAUUCUACCGCAUUAACCAAUCAGCUGACUGUUUGCAGAGGCGGGGUAAUCGCCGAUAGCGGAUUUCCACUUGAUAGCACAGCCACAAACUCAGAAUUGGCCAAAUCGUAAAAAUUAAUGCAUUUUUUAAUUUAUUUUUUAUUUAAGGUUAGGCAUAAGGUAGUGUGGUAUGAAUAGAGUUAAGAAUAGAGCUAGGUUUAAAAUCACAUUUUAAGAAGAUAAAUUGUAGAAAUAGGCUAGGUUUAUGACUUUGUGGCUGUGGUAACUAGUGACGACCCUGGUAUCGUCAAUUUGUUGUGCUCACAACUUGUGUGAACAACCGUUACAAACUGUUUAACAGUAGCUGCCUAUCUUCUGUUAAAUUGCAACGAAACAGUCUAUCAGAUGACAUACAGUUUACGUUAUCUUUAUCAACAUACGACGGCACAGCUAGCCAGCUCACCAUGGAUUUCUAGGAUAGUUUUGUGUACUUUUGAUAACGGUAGACCUGUAUCAUAUCCUUUUUUUAUGAGCUUGGUAGCGCUACGUUCAUCCACUAGCGCCUUUGUAUGUCAAGUGAGUAGGGGCUUUGGUCAACUGGUGUCCACUCGUGGUGAUUCUGCGAGGGUUCGAUCACUGGGAAAAGGAUACAACUUGCAUCAACAAGCUGACAGAAGACCUGACUGAGAAUCCUCUAUUCUGCAAGCUCCUGGCAACGCUGUCACAGCAUGUGGACCGCCCCAGCCUUACUGUUACACUGAAGAGAGAGCUGGAGAAGGCUGAGAGGGACCUGCAGACAGAGGCUUAAUGGGCUGUGUUCAGAGAGCCUGUACAGGCUACUGCAGGAGAUGAUCCAGGAGCACUGUGUCAGAAAGCAUCACUCCACUGUGCCUCCAGAGAACGACACGGUACAAUACAGAACGUUUUAUGAGACUGUGGAGCAGUGUCUGGUGGUGGCCCAGUGUGUCAGGUAGCUGGACCCUAGUGACUCCACCAGCUGGGACCAACCCCCUGUCCUAGGACUGAGUGUCCAACAGGUGCUGUAGCUGAUGCCAUAAGAGGAGGAUAGGUGGAAAAUGAAACAAACUGCUCAGAGAAUUAGAAAAGCAUCUUAGGAAGACGUGUUUCAGCCUCCUGUCCUACUAUCAUCCUGAAUGGGAGGAUGAGAGUGAAGGGCUGAAGAACAUGAAGCUGUCUCACUUGUCUGGCCUUCUGGAAAGCGAAAGGAAAAGAGCAGAGACCCUGAAGGGGAAGAGCCGUGAGUGCCGCCCUGCUGCAAAAGCAGACUCCCUGCUACCUCUCUGUAAGAGACUCUCAACACUUGGUUUGAUGUAUUCUUAGGUUUGUCUCACGUGUUGCGACCUUCACUCACGAUCGACGUGUUCUCUCCAGGAGCUGUUGGGCUGCAUUCAGAUUCUCCAGUCACUUAUCCUUGACCACAGGCUAAAAGCCCACAAAUAACUUGACAGGAAACAGUUUGUGUAUUUUGAGGCCAAAUGUGAGAUCAUCAUGCAGAAGAUCAGGUGUGAUUAGCCCUUCCUGUUUACAUAUACUCUACACUGGGCUCCUUCAAAUGCAGUUCACUGUUAAUGAGUGUGAGAAAUUGGUAUUUCAUGCAUGUCCAUCAGCAAUGUUCAGUUUUUGUGUCUCUUAUACAUUUCUUAAAUAUGUCUCUCACAACAGAGCAGAGAUGUUGGAAAUUCAGGUGGACACCUACACAGCAGACACAAUAUCAGCCAAUAGAAUUACAAGGAAGCUAGAAACAGAGCUGAAGACCGCCCAGUUAGAGAAGAAGUCUGUGGAGUCCAAACUGUCAUCCUUUGAGAUAUUUGGCAAGGAAUUCUAGGCAGUAGAGAGGAAUAUUCCAGAUUGCAUCAGGAGAUUGACACAAAAAAUUGGUCUCUGAAGUACUUCUCUCAGAACACGGACAAACUGAGUUGGUGUCGGACAAUUCUGCCGCAGAUCUCUGACACCUUUGAUGACAAGCUAACGCCAUAGUUAUAUUAUUGUUUGUUUUUGUAAUAAAAUGCAUGAUUAGCCGGUGUUGUCUUGAAUGUUGUUCAUUCUGAUAAUAAUCACCCUGAUAUGAUACAACAAAUUCUAAAUUCAGACAUCGAGUUAGCUGGCCUAUUUGAAAAACCACGCCUGACACGAAUUUGCCCCCGUCAGAAGGGAGAUUUUGCGCCUCCAGCGGGAAGAUAGUUUCUUGCUUCACCGACUGAUCUCAAAUUGAUGACGUGGUGCGGUUCGUCGACCGGACGAUAAGGAUGGCCGACCAGAGCAGGCAAAUCAAACUCGCCGCAGCCAAGAAAAAGCUGAAGGAGUUUCAGCAGAAGAGUUCUCCUGCCGGUGGAGGAGAAGGAGGACCAGGGGCCAAGAAGAAGAGGAAGGCGAAGGGAGGGAGCCAGCCAGACACACCCUCAGCUGACCGACACUCUCCAGACAAUAUUCAGAGUAUUCUGAAAGGUCUUAGUCAGACCAAUGGAUUAACUCUGCCUGCCUAUGGCAAAAGCCAGACCCACGUCCAUGGGGAGGUGAGGGGGUCCCCAGUUACCCAGCUACUGGAGGACCCAAACGGAGAGGCCGGCCGCGGCUCUCCUGUGUUUAACCCUACUAGCUCUGCUACUAACCCUGAGUGUGCCAGCCACGCCAACAACACUGACCUGCAGCAGAACUGCCCCCAUGACGGUAAUGAAAACCAUGAGGAUGAGAAUAGACCCCUGUCGUCCACAGAGAGCUUGCGGCAGCUCUCACAGCAGCUCAACGGUCUUCUCUCUGGGUCAUCCACCACCUAUAUAAAUGGAGACAGUGCUCCCUCGCCAGCCAAUGAAAAAGAACUAGAGAGUCGAAACCAGGAGCUGGCAGCCGCGCUGGACUCCAGCAACCUAACAAACAAUCAGCUCAAUACCAAGCUAGACCGGCUGACCGAGCAAUCUCAGGAGCUCACAGAUCAGCUGCAAAAGGAGCGAAGAGAGUUUGAACAGAAGUGUGUGAAGGAGCAAGGAGCAAUGCGGGAACAGCUACAGGUCCACAUUCAGACCAUCGGCAUCCUGGUGUCAGAGAAAUCAGAGCUGCAGACCGCUCUGUCGUACACACAGCAGGCUGCCCGCCAGAAAACAGGGGAGGCUGAGGAGCUGAGUAACCGUCUCCAGGCCACCAAACAGAGAGUCUCUGAGCUGGAGAGAACCCUGUCCUCUGUCUCCACACAACAGAAACAGUUUGACAAGCAUAACAAAGAGCUAGAGAAAGAGAGAGACAACCUGAGGCUGGAGGUGUACAGACUAAAUAGUGUGAGUGAGGAGGGGAGGCAGCAGAGUUCAGAGCUGUCAGAGCAGCUCAAGCUGAGGGUGAGCGAGAACAACGCUAUGAGACUGGACCUGGACGAGCUGCGUAAGAGACUGGAGAUGACUGACGACAUGCUGCAACAGUUUUCCAGUCAGUCAGGGCCUCCCAGUGCCAACCAGCAGAUGCACUUACUACUGGAGGAGAAACUACAGAUUGAGGCACACACUGCUCAGUUAAUGGAGUCGGUGGCCCAGCUGCAGACAGAGAGAGACCGCUACGCUGAGCAGAUCCAGGAGGAGGGACGAGUAUGGAAGGACAAGACGGAGCAGCUGCUCUCUCAGGUGACACUAGUAGCAGAGGAGAGGGACAGGAGCAUCAGUCAGAUCCAGGAGCUUGAAGCCCACAUCACAGACCUGAAGCACACUGCAGCCCUUUUGUCCCAGGAGAGAGAGGCCCAGACAGAGCCCCAGCCGUCAGGGCCCUCGGAGAGUGAACUGGCCCUCCAGGAGGCCCUCGGCAGCCUGCAGCAGGAGAGAGACUCGCUCAACUCACAGUUCCAAGCCCAGCUGCGUGACAACGAGCAGCUGAGUCGCAUGUGCUCGGAGCAGGAGUCCCGUCUCUCGGAGCUGGAGCGCCAUGCGGCGCUCGGGGCUGAGGAUGCAGAGGACCGCAGGCGCAUGCUGGAGGACGUGCAGAGUGACAAGGCCACCAUCAGCCGCGCCCUGGCCCAGAACCGCACCCUUAAAGACCAACUGGCUGAGUUGCAGAACGGCUUUGUCAAACUGACCAAUGAGAACAUGGAGCUGACCACUGCUCUGCAGUCAGAGCAUCACGUGAAGAAGGAGCUGGGACGCAGGAUGGGACAACUACAGGAGGACCUGCACAGUGUCAAGGAGCAGUUGGAUUUGAAGUCGCAGGAGUACCAGGCACUGCUGGAGCAGCGGGACCAGGUAGUGGCCCACCUACAGCAGUACUCUGCAGUCUAUACAGCCCUGGCGUCAGAGCGAGAGCAGCUCCACAGACAGUACCUGCAGCAGAGCCAGCUGAUGGACCGGCUGCAGCAUGACGAGACCCAGGGAAGGGUUCAGUUGGAGAUGAGCCACAAACAGCUGGAGCAAUACCAGGAGAGGCUGGAGCAGUUGUCCAGAGAUAACGAGCAGUUGAAGGCUGAAGUCACAGAGCUGCUCAACAGCUCAGCCCUGGCCACACUCCCCAGAAACCAGGGAGACGGAGUGGAGAGCCAAUCCCUGCCAGAGAGCCCACAGAAGUCCUCGAUCGCUAUCCCAGAAGACUUUGAGAGCCGCGAGGAGAUGGAGGAGUUUGUGCGCGGUGCGGUGGCACGUGUGGAGGCAGAGCGAGACGAGGUGAGGAGCAGACUGGAGGAGGAGAGGAGACUGCACUUCGCUGCCAGACACCAGGCUGCAGCACUCAGCAUAGAGCGCCACAGUCAUGACCACGACCAUGGUCAGUGCCACGGUCACAGCCAUGAUGACCACAGUCACCUUGAACACACAGGUUCAGAGGGUGUACCAGUGGAGGUACAUGAGGCCUUGUAUGUUGCCAUGGAGAGGCUGCAGCAGCGCUUCACCUCUCUGAUGCAGGAGAAGGCUGACCUGAAGGAGAGGGUAGAAGAGCUGGAACACCGCUGUAUACAGCUGUCUGGAGAGACUGAUACUAUUGGAGAGUACAUCACCCUGUACCAGAACCAGAGAGCCAUCAUGAAGCAGAAACACAUGGAGAAGGAGCAGUACAUCAGUAUGUUGGCCCAGGACAAAGAGGAGAUGAAGGCCAAACUGGCAGAGCUGCAGGACCUGGUGAUGAGGUUGGUGGGCGAGAGGAACGAAUGGUACAGCCGCUAUACUGGGGCGCUGGCUAGCGCUGCGGCUAACCCUGACCUGCUGCCAGCCGGAGAGGAGCAGGUCCAGGCUCACCACGCACACAGACGCAUGGAGCUCAACGCUGUGGAUGGACAAGAGUCUGCGGAUGGAAGUUCAGCCGUGAGGCCCGACUCCAUCGACUACCCUCACGGUGGCCCGUCAGACCAGGGGCUCCACCCAGACUCCCAGGCUCUGAUGAGGCCCCAAGAGGACGGCACGACCAGGCAGAUCAUGCAGCUGCUCCAGGAGAUCCAAAACCCCCAGGGGCCUCGCUCCGUGCCCUUCCUGGGCGACAACCCCUGCGUCCCGUUCUUUUACCGACCCGACGAGCAGGACGAAGUCAAGAUCCUGGUGGUCUGAUGAUGAGACUAUGGAGCUAACUGGCAACGUUGGAGGAUCUCUGAACACACACACCAUUCCACCACGUCACACUCAUCUAGGAUUUACACGUACACACACUUCUGGGUAUACUGUCUCUCACACACACUCACUCUCUCUACUUUCUGGGAGAGGUUGUUUCCUCUCCUUCUUUCUCACUCUUCCUUUUGAGUCCUUGGCUGGUCUCGCAUGCCGUUUUUCUUCUUCAUUGCACUAACAGAGUGACUUAAGGAUGUGAACUCCUUGUGUGUGUGUGUGUGGCGGCCUUCCUCUCCUCGUACACCUCUUCCUCCUCCUUCGCAACCUCCUUACCUGCAGUGUGAAUGUUUGUCUGCUUUUUCUGUCUCCUUUAAUUGGUAUUUAAUACCAUUAGAUGAUUGGGAAGUAUUCCACCGGAUGCUAUUGAGAUUCUUCCUGUGAUUCUCUUGAUGGAGAGAUGUUUAUUCCUGCACAUUGAUCCCUCUCCUCUGUUCACUAGCCUCUGUCUCUCUCUCCUCUGCCAUUUGAACCAUAGGCGCAAUAAAGUAUCUCUGUCCCCUCUCCCUCAGUCUAGUCUAUUAUAGGAGAAAUGUAAGGCUUUGAGUGAGACGUUAGCGGCAGCAAUGGAAUACAUGGAAUGGUAUCAAACACAUAAAACACAUGUUGGACUCCAUUCCAUUGAUUCAAUUUCAGCUCUUAAAAUGAGUACAUCCUCCUAUAGCUCCUCCCACCAGCCUCCACUGGGACCUCCCCAUUCACAAUGUGUCUGUCUGUGUUUGGUAGGAGAGACAGACAUGGCUUGGUUUUGGCGCGUGGGCGGUCUCAAUUAAUUUCCUCGUCGCCUUUCCUCCAUGACCACUGAUCGGCGACAAGACUGACUCACUCAGACAAGUGUUCAUGAAUGGAAGAGGACCGUAUCGAGGCACAGCCCUUGGUAGCUGUUGGUAUGUUCUAUGGCAGUGGAGUGAGUGUUGUCUGAGUAGGGCAGGAGGAGUUGGGUACAGUACAUGAAGGAGGUAAGGGCCAGGCUGGAGCCUUGGCCUACCUGGAGCGGAAGUCGGUCAGGAAAGCAUUGGUAAAGACACUAGCAUUUGGAGUGAUGGGAGCACUUUUCACUUCUAAGUAGGGAGACACCAUAGGACGUCAGGAAAGAGAGGAACUAGCAUGUAGACACAUGGCUGCUCACCCCUACCACUACCUUGUCUAUCCAUCCUCUUUUAUGUGGAAACACUGAAAUCUGAACAUAUGUAUGUACACUAGAGCUUUAUCUUAUUUAUGCACAUGAGCCAGUCGACUCAGUUGUAUUCCUCAAGUUUGCUCUGCGUUUAUUUAUUUGAGGCCCCAUUUCAUAGCACCAGUUGAUCAUCUCUUGUUUAGCAAUCUUUCAAUUAUGGUGUGCUUGUUGCCCCUCAACAUAUCUCAUUAUAAUUUAAGUCGCUCCCUUUGAGACUGGAUGAAGAUUGAGUGUUUGAUAAAUGAUUCAACCUCAAUUGUAUCCUCAUGAUUUUGAAUGGUAGUUGUCUCUUCUCUCUAAAGUUACAUGGGCUUUACUGUAGGUUAUUGCACAAAAAUUGUACAGAGCUCCUAAUCAAACCCUGUCCCAUCUCAUAUAGUUUUGGACAGUAGCUUUUCUAUGGCAGAUCCAUUCUAGACAUUUGGUUUUUAUACUUGGGUGCCCUAUGAUGUCAUCAUGUGCACUUUGGCACAUCGGGGCUCAGGGUUCCACGAAUGAAGACAGUGUGUGUUGAAGUGACCGAAAGAUUGUGUGUGCGGGUGCAGUGUGCACUAGGAGGAUGUGUAGGUAUGAACAAAUGAAUAGAGGGUUGUAAUGAUUCCAGUAACACAAGGCAUGGGCAAUGGGGGUAAGCUCUGCUGUUUGAUUGACAGGUGCAGGAAGGUCCUCUGUUUUUAGAUAACCUUACAAUGAUGAUCCAAAUAAAGAUAAAAUUGCCAUAGGUGCAUCUCUGCCACCCCUUUUUGGGGAAAUGUGUGUACUCCCAUAAUAUUUAGGAUCUUUUUUAGUUUUUAUGCUUCCAGUGUAUCUCUGACUACCAAUAUCUGAAUUUUAUUUUUAUUCAAGAAUGGAAGUCUUAAAGCAUGUCAAAAACAGUCUGAAAAAAGGUUUUGGUGAUGCUAUGUGAGGUGUAUUAAAUGAGAUAUAGAAAUGAGUGGUAUUGGAGAGAGUUUUCAGGUGUGUGUACCUAAUCUGAACCCUGUCUACCCUGAAGCAAAGCACUUUUUGUAGUAGGACUUGACGUGGUUUCUGUUGAAAGUGAUCCCAUCUGAAUAUUUAAAUUCCUGGCUUUCUUAGCAUUCUCUUUAACCUUUUAGAGAGAGAACUUUUUGUUUUGGGAGUGGUAAAACCAAGAGAAUAUUUUAUAGUCAUUUACAACUAUUGUUUUGGAGGUGGUGACGAGAGAGUAAAAGUAACAGGUGAAAUAGUUGUUCCACGCUUUCUAAUUCAAACUGUUCUUUUGAAUGAAUGUGUGGGAUUGAGCACAUGAUGACUAAGAGACGGGGGUGAACGCCUUCUGUUUAAAGGAACUGUAUAUACUGUAACUGUGUAACAUAUUGUAUAUUCAUUCUGCCUGGUGUGUGGGAAUAAGUGUAAUGGCUGUUUGUAGUGUUGCUAGCAGCCCAGAGGGCUUGUCUGUGUGUGUCUGAGCCAUUGUUGGCUUCAGGACACACACGGACAGCUGACGUAAAGGGGUGGGGGUACCGUCUGUGAUUUAAUACAAAGGUUAAAAAAAUAUAUUUAUUUGUAAUAAGUAUCGAAACUAAUCAGUUUUAAUGCAAUGUAGGAUCGUUGUGAGAGAACAAAAUGGCUUCGGACAGUAUAUUUCUGAUGUGGUUUCUCCUGAUUAAAAGUGAUUGAGCAAAGCA